AUGACCAGAGCUGUUGCAGGAGCUGUAGAAGAAAAUAAAGCUAUAAUUGAAGAGGAAAAAAUAACUAUUCCUGAACUGCAAACGGAUUCUCGUGACAUAUGUGCGGGUUUUGAUGGUACGUGGCAGCGUAGAGGCCACCAAUCCCUAAAUGGUGUGGUCACAUGUACCAGCAUUGACAGUGGCAAGGUGAUGGACAUUGAGGUUCUAUCCAAGUAUUGCCUCUGCCUGGAUAAAACUAACCAUGAGAUAGCUUGUGCAGCAAACCAUCAGGGCUCAAGCGGCAGCAUGGAAGGCAUCGAAUCCGAUGAUGCUGAUGGUCAACAGGGCAGGACUACACCGGCGAAGAUGAGGAUAGUUACUACUGUGUUUUCCGGUCCCGGUACGCAACUCAAGCUGCAGGCCUCUAGCCAUUCAAAUGAGAAGUCUUCUCAUUCCCAUGAAGAUCCACCAUCCACGUCCACUGCAUUGGGAACAUCGGAUGCUGCAGGUCCAACCAACCAUUUAGCCAGGAGGAGUCGCUUCGACAGCAGUCUUUUGAAAAAUAUGUCUUCCACAAACUAUAAAGAUCGUUCAAGUGAUUUGAGGGAGUUAGUGGGUGAGCCUAUGUCAAGUGAUGAUGAAGGACAGGAUUCUGAUUUCGACAUUACAAGGGAAGGUAACUUUAGUGAUAGCUUAUCUGAUAGCUCAUCAGACGAUGAUUAUGUGCCCAAUGCUGAUGAAAUUGAUGAGUGGAACCUUGAACAACAUUUGGAAAAUGUGCCGCAAGCUCCAUACAGUGACAUGACCUACAUGUGUGAAGAGGAGGGUAUUGAAGAACGUUUGUUUGCGUCAUCUGAGAGUGACAACGAUGAUGAAUGUGAAGACUUACAGUACUUGCCGAGGCUGUUGAUAACGAGGAGCCUCAGCUUCAUCCACCUGACCCGCAAAGUGUUCCACCUGACCCCCAGACUGUUCUAA